AUGGCGGCGGCUGCGGAGGAGGAGCGGCUGCGGCAGGAGCUGGCCCGCCGGGGCGCGGAGCUGCAGGGCGCGGAGGCGGCGCGAGCGCGGCUGCGGGCCGAGGGCGAGGCCCUGCAGCGCGAGGCCGAGCAGCUGCGGGCCGAGGGCCGGGAGCUGGUGGGCUGGGCGGGCCGCUGGGCCCAGCGCCGCGGCGGCGCCAUCAUCUCGCUCGACGACCAGUGGCGCCAGGCCCUGGCCGAGCUGCGGCGCCAGCGGCAGGAGCUGCAGGCCCAGUACCAGGCGGCUGAGGCAGCGCUGCGGGAGCAGCUGCUGCGCCGCGAGGCCGAGCUGGUGAGGCUGGGCCGGGAGCUCGAGGCGCUGCGGCCGGUGCAGGAGCUGCGGCAGGAGCAGGAGGGCCGCGUGCGGGAGCUGCAGCAGGAGCUGGCGGCAGCGGGGGCGCAGCAGGCCCGGCGGGCAGCGGAGGCUCGGGCCAACUUUGUGCGGGACCAUGCGGCGCUGCAGGAGGCGGCGGCGCGGCGGCGAGACGAGGCAGCGGGGCAGGCGCAGGCCUUGGCGCAGCGGGGCAUGCAGGCCGAGGGUGCCCGGGCGCGGGCCGAGAACCAGGCGCUGCGGCAGGAGCUGGCGGCGCUGCUGGAGCAGGCACGGGCGCUGCGGGAGCACAAGCGGCGGCUGGAGGAGCGGGCGCAGCGGCUGCGGCGGGAGCUGGGCUGCGUGCAGGACCUGGCCCGCGUCCAUGCUGCGCAGGCUGGGGAGGAGGCACCAUUGCGGCCCCGGCGGCCAGGGCGGGGGGGCGGCAGGGCGGGGGCUGCCCUGUGA